AUGGUUGCAAAUCCAUCACAUUUGUAUUUUUCAUUUGUCUGGAUAUUCCUCGGUAAUAGCCAGAGUAUCUGAAUGUAUUCAGAUUAUCGUAAUUGCCAAUAAUUAAUAUAAUAUUUGUCUAUUUAUACGUUUGCAGGUUUAUGGGAGUCUGCGUACACGAGGGACAGUUGCACGCGUUGACGGAAUACAUAAACGGCGGUAGCUUGGAACAGCUGAUCAUGUCGAGACACACGCCGCUACCUCAUCCGAUCAGGAUGAAUCUGGCGAGAGACGUGGCACGCGGCAUGACCUACCUCCACAGCCGUGGACUCUUUCAUCGCGAUCUUACGUCGAAGAACGUACUGAUCAAGAAGGACGAGAACACGUCGGAGAUGACGGCCGUGGUGGGCGACUUUGGCCUGGCGGCGAAGAUCCCCGAUCCCAGUUCCGGAUAUAGGCUGAGCACCGUGGGUAGUCCCUAUUGGAUGUCACCGGAGUGUCUGAAGGGUCAGUGGUACGAUCACAGAUCGGACGUCUUCUCGUUCGGCAUCGUGGUCUGCGAGCUGAUCGGUCGCGUGCCGGCCGAUCCGGACGUUCUACCACGGUCAGAUAACUUUGGCCUCGAUUACCUGGCCGUGGCAGAGAUCUGCGCGGCAGCUGAUCCGCCGCCAGCCUUCCUGCAGCUUGCCUUCGAUUGUUGCACCUACGAGCCGAAGUCGAGACCGACCUUCCAGGAGAUCGUCUGCAGCCUGGACACAAUGAUCAGCAACUAUGAGGAGGAAACGAAGAACAACAUCGGCAAGCGUCAGUCGGUGGAUCCUGCUCUGAUGUCCAGCAUGGACGAGAUCACUCGAGAAGGACGGUCGACGAAACGCAAGACCGCUCGUCUUCGGAGUCAGUCGGCGGACGCGAGGGGUUGCGACAACGCGACGCCAUCGGACAAAGCGAGAUGUCACUCUGUGAGAAGAGUGGCGGAACUGGCUAGCAGAAGGGAUCCGCAUUACAGACCCAUGACGGCGAAUCCGUUCCACGCGUUGGGUGGUGUGAAAAAAAUUCUCGGCGACCUGUUCUCCAGCUGCCUGGAGCUUCCGUCUUUGGAGGACGUCAGGCCGAGUGUCACCGAUGCUAUCGCCAAGUUCAAGCCGGCGCAGAACGACAGCAUCGCGAAGAUCUUGGACAGGAAGAAACCAAAUUCAGAACCGAGCAGCCCCACUGCCAGGAAGAAAUGGGAGAGGAAGGUGGCUACGAAGGUGGGCGCUGCCAGCUUGUUCACCCAUCCGCUUUUCCGUGACGGAUGGGAGCCAAGGAGGCGCGGUAGCUGCGAGUCGGGCUUCUGGAGCUGCGUUGGUGAGGAUCUCAGCCCAGAGCCGCCGAAUCGCCGACACACAUCCACGUUGAGCAGCUCCGCGGCGAGCAGCCUGUUUCUCUUGGACGAUCAUCGGACCAGCUCGAUCUACACCGACUCUUCCGAGGAUAUAGCGAGUUUAGGUGGCGGUGACUCCUGCUGGGAGGAUAGGUUAAGCGGCAUCGGGUCUUCCAGCAAGACCAUCUCCAAGAUCGUCGAGUAUUUCGAGAGGAAGCAAGCGGGCAGCUUGCGACUCGCCGAUCACGAUGCCGGCUCUAGUAGGUUAACGUUGUUGAAGGCAAGCUUGGAAGGUCCUGUUCCGCUAUGUAGUAUCUCAGCCGCACAGAGGUUGGUCGUCUGCGAGGGUGCAGUGCGCAGCAAGUUGCCUCUGUUUGACAAAAAGUGA